AUGACUACACCAACGGCUUCUGGCAAUCCAACGACGGAAACGGUGCAUACGAUAUCCUCUCCGCUUGAUGCGCCUCUUGAGGGUGACGUGCAUCACCCAGGUCUGGGAGAGCAAGAAUCGCAAGCGGAGCAGUCGCAACAGCCGAAUGGAGGGCAACAAGAGAAACAAAUGCACCGGGAGCAGCAUGAGGAACAUACCGAAGAACAGCAGCAAGGUCAGGAACGACACGAGGAACAGCACCAGGAGCAUCACCAGGAACAACGCCCGGAUCAAGUUCAUGAACAACAUCAGGAACGGCAGCCCGAGUAUACCGGUCCAGCGGUCUUGCAUGUUCCUACUGCUACCAUCGGGAUUGUCGAGAGCCAUGGUCACUCGCCGCGGGCGAGAAAGGACACCAACUCCUCCAUAUCGACCAUUACAUCUGCCGCCACAGCUGCUACAUCCUGUAGCAUCGGGUCCUCCCCCUCCCUCACUCCGACAAGCGCUCUGCCAACGCAAAACAUUUUUUCUCUCAAGGACGGGAACGCUCCUUUGUCUUCGAGUCGAAACAGACGGCGGACUGGCCCCUUGGCGCCCGAGGCAAGGGGAAAGGCCGCUCUGAUCCGAAAACAAGGUUCAUGUGCGAACUGCAAAAGGAAGAAAAUCGGAUGCGAUGCCCGACAUCACGGCAUGACUUGGGAAGAACUCGCGCAAAAAUUUCCCAACUCUGCAGAGAUGCAGCAGCUUGAAGCCAUUGUGCCGCCGACCCCUAAUUUUCAUACACAAGAAUCAAGAAAGCACAAUCUGAGCACCCCUUCGCCAGAAUUCAUGGAUAUCGAUUCCUCUCCAACUCAACAACAGAUCCGUUCAUCGUUUAGCGAGUCGCGUGUUAGAACACCUCUGCCUUCCAAGCCUCGUCAGGAUCGGGCAUCAACUGUGUCGUUCCCUCAGCCCAAUGGUGGUCUUUCCAACGGCAACGUUCUGAUGUCGAAUUCGCAUGGGGCUACAGUUCGAGCUUCCGAAGGCUUUGCUAGGGAUCGCUACAGAAGAAUUUCUGCCUUGUUUCUUCGCUGGCAGGAUGACGAAGACCCUGCAUUGAAAAACCCGAUGGAUGAGUUCAGAGAGGUGCUUGGAGAGUACUACGACUGCUCAUGCCAAACCAAGAUUAUUCCAUCCGCGAAUCAAAACCACAACGUUUCCAUGUGGGUUUUGGAUGAAAUUCUUCAGUUUCUAAAGACUGAUACAGAGGACGAGUUGAAAAUGCUCUAUUGGUCAAGUCACAGCUACUUGGACGCCGAUCGACAAAUGAUUCUGGCAAGCUCGAGAAGCAGCGAGGCGCAACCAGCGUCGUGCGUACGAUGGUCUGCCAUCCAGGCUCUGCUCGAUCAUGCUUCACCAGAUGUAGUAGUCAUCAUGGACGCAGCCUACUACCCGAACCAAUACAGAUUCAUGAGGAGGACCAACCGUUCAUUGGAGCUUCUCGCUGCAUCUACCCAGGCAAACCCGGAGAGAGGUGUUUUUACCCGUGCUUUGAGCGACCAGCUGAGGAUCCGAGCUCACCUGAAGCUUUUGGGGGGCAUCUCGAUCGCUGAUCUUCAUGCUAGAGUGACAACAUCCCCUCUCCUGACCAUGGGGGCUAGAGUCCAGGAACUGCUCGGCUCAGGCGUGGGAGGAAUGUCAUUGUCGCCGCCGCUUAGUAGCUGCCCUCCUGUUCCCUUGUAUCUGCAAUUUGCGGGCAGUCCUAGGACAUCAAGCAUCAUCCUGACACCGAAGAUAAACCGAGAGUUGGCGGUGAUGGCUGGAGAUGACGAAGCUAGUGGAAGAAAAGGAGGAACAGGAGGACUUGUUUACACGUUCCGCGUGCCCGCGGGUGCAAAUCAGGACAUUUGGGAGGAGUAUCUCUCGACGUUGCCCGACGACAUCAAGGGGAGACAGGAGUUCGUGGGGGCAGGCUAG